AUGAAAGUUUCCAACACCUCACUACUUGCGCUGCUCCUGCCCGCUGUAAGCGGCCGUUUCGUCGAGCCGAAUGAGCCGGAUCGUGCCGCCCUGUACCCCGACGGCCUUCCCAAGGCCGCUGAGAGCAACGAGAAGUACCACAUCGAGCUGUCGCCAGGGGAGACAAAAUGGGUGACGGAGGAAGAGAAGUGGGAGUUGCGCCGCGACGGCAAGCGGUUCUUUGACAUCACCGACCACCCCGAACUCGGCGCCCUCCGCCUGAAGACUCUGCGCAAGAGCGUCUUCCCGAAACACCCCAAGCUUCAGGAUGAAGUCAAGCCACUUCUAGGCAGCUUGUCGAAGACGGAAAUGCGUAACCAUCUCGAAACCUUCACGUCGUUCCACACCCGGUACUACAAGUCCGACUAUGGUCGUCAAUCCAGCGAGUGGCUCCUCGGCCAGGUCCGCAACACAAUCAAAGAGGCUGGCGCGGAAGACUACGUGCGUGCCGAACACUUCAAGCACUCGUGGGGCCAAAACAGCAUCAUCGCCACCAUCCCUGGCAAAACCAACUCGACCGUAGUCAUCGGCGCCCACCAAGACUCGAUCAACCUGUGGUUGCCAAGCGUCCUAGCCGCCCCUGGCGCGGAUGACGACGGCAGUGGAACGGUCACCAUCCUCGAGGCCUUCCGCGUUAUUCUGCAAUCCGAGGACAUCAUUCAGGGCAACCACGAGAACACGCUCGAGUUCCACUGGUAUAGCGCCGAAGAGGGUGGCCUGCUGGGUAGCCAGGCCAUCUUCUCAUCGUACGAGAAGGACGACCGUGACGUCAAGGCCAUGCUCCAGCAGGACAUGACGGGUUACAUCACCCGCACCUUGGAUGCCGGCAAGCCCGAGAGUGUGGGCGUGAUUGUCGAUUACGUUGACCCCAACCUCACCAACUUUAUCAAGGUCGUCAUUGACGAAUACUGCGACAUUCCGUAUGUCGAGACCAAGUGUGGCUACGCUUGCUCGGACCACGCAUCGGCAUCCAAGGCCGGGUACCCCUCGGCCUUUGUCAUUGAAUCGGCGUUUGAGUACUCGGAUAACCACAUCCACUCGACCGAGGAUCUGAUCAAAUACCUCUCGUUCGACCACAUGCUGCAGCAUGCCCGUCUAACCUUGGCGUUCGCCUACGAGCUAGCUUUUACCGAUUUCACCGCUCUUGAUGACCAGGAAUGGUCGGAUUUGUAA